AUGCCUCCAUCUCCCCUCGACGACAGAAUUGUGGUGGCGCUGCCAAGGCCGAUCCGACCUCAGGAACUCCGACUGUGCCUGGACACCAGCUACCUGGACACCACCGUCACCAGCCACGGCAGCAAGACAACGGUCAUCAGCACCACGGUGGUGAAGAUCCCGGCGACCAACCUCACGUAUAUGCCCUCAUCCAACGGCUCCACACGCUCCCUGUCGUGUGGAUGCAGCAGUGCCAGCUGCUGCUCGGUCACCACCUACGAGAAGGACAGCAGGAACAACCAGCGCCACCAGCAGAGCCACCAGAGUCACGUGAGCCAGGUGAGCGCCAGCAGCCCCAACCUCAGCUAUGCUGGACCCGCCUCUUCCUCCAACCCCAUGGGCAUGGUCCACCAUGAGGCCUUUAGCGACCCCAGUCUCACCUCAGGCCCACCCAAGGCUCUAGGGUCCACCAUCCGGGUCAUCCACCCCAAUGAGCUGGCCAAGAGAAUGGCCAGAUGCCCCAUGGGCCACCUGGUCGGGACGGUCCCAGUCAUCAUCGAUUGCCGACCCUUCAUGGAGUACAACAAGAGCCACAUCCAGGGCGCGGUACACAUCAACUGUUCGGACAAGAUCAGCCGGCGGCGGCUGCAGCAGGGCAAGAUCACAGUGCUGGACCUCCUGUCGUGCCGCGAGUCUUCCAGCAAGGACUCCUUCAAAAGCAUCUUCUCCAAAGAGAUCGUGGUGUAUGACGAAAACACCAUGGAUCCCCAGAGGGUGACCUCCUCGCAGCCCCUCCAUGUGGUCCUGGAUUCGCUGAGGAGGGAGGGCAAGGACCCCAUCGUUCUCAAAGGGGGCCUCAGCUCCUUUAGACAGAACCACCAGAGCCUGUGUGACCACUCCCUCCACCUCCACGAGAUCCUGAACGCCAGCAGUGGGGCCUCCGGCCACACGGGGGCGCUACCUCACUCCAUGUCCCUGCCCUCCACACCGGACAUCGAGAAUGCCGACCUGACGCCAAUUCUGCCCUUCCUCUACUUGGGCAAUGAGCACGACGCGCAGGACACCCACAAGCUGCAGCGCUACAACAUCAGCUUCGUGCUUAACGUUACCACCCACCUGCCGCUUUACCAUUACGAUACAGGUCUCUUCAGCUACAAGCGGCUGCCCGCAACCGACAGCAACAAGCAGAACCUGCGCCAGUACUUUGAGGAGGCGUUUGAAUUCAUCGAGGAAGCACAGCAAGCAGGGGUGGGCCUCUUGAUCCACUGCCAGGCGGGUGUGUCUCGCUCGGCCACCAUUGUCAUCGCCUACCUGAUGAAGCACACCUGGAUGACCAUGACAGACGCCUACAAGUUCGUCAAGACCCGGCGGCCCAUCAUCUCACCCAACCUUAACUUCAUGGGCCAGCUGCUUGAGUUCGAGGAGGACUUGAACAACGGUGUCACGCCGCGCAUCCUCACGCCAAAGCUCAUUGGGGUGGAGACCAUGGUUUAGGAGGACACCCGCCAUUCCUGCUUUAGGAGGACAUCCAACAGGCUACUCUUAAAGGCGGAUUCUGAGAGAGAAAUCUUUAUUUCAGAAUCUCCUAAUCAUGCUCUUUUGGGACUGUCACAGGAGUGCCAAAGUUCUUGAGAUGAGAUACGCCAAAAAUCCCAGCUGUUCCGAACUGGCCGGCUUCCCGGAGGAACAGAAGUGUUGGGGAGAGAAAACGGUCAGUGGGAAGCUGUCUGUGCAUGACAACGGAGGAGCAAAAACAUGGAAGGAAAGGAAAAUAGAUAAAACGCCAUGUUCUGUGGGGACUGAGCAAUUUAGUAGUUAGAGAAACUGAACUCUUCAGGCUCACACUGUGCUGUGGCUCAUGGUUAAUGUUGCAGGCAUGGGGCCGAGCUGGCCGAGGCGGUGCCUGUCAGAAAAGAUGAAGACUUGUUUGGUGUGUUGAUGUUCUUGUUCUAUUUUUAGACAGGAGUUUAUGGGAGUGACCAUGACAAGUCCAAAGUGGCUUACUGUGCAAUAAUUUCUGAGUGGACUGCGCCUGAGAGCUUGAUAUUAUGUGUAUAUAUGGGUAUUCAAUGACGAUUAAACAUUUCCAGCUUGCCGCUGAUUUGACA